UGCAGGACCCAGGAGUGCACGUGAGCCUGACACUGCCCUUGUUUCCACAGGGACGCACUCCCUCCGGUACCACUACCUGGCCCUGUCAGAGCCAGGCCUCGGCCUUCCCCAUUUUCUGGCUGUGGGCUAUGUGGACGACCAGCCCUUCAUCCGGUAUGACAGUCAUGUGGGCAGGGCCCAGCCCCAGGCCCCGUGGAUGGCGCCCGUGGACACCCAGUACUGGGAGAUGGAGACCAAGAAGCACAGGUCCUGGGAAAAGGUGCAGCAGGUGGAGAUAUGGACUCUGAUGAGCCACUACAACCAGAGUGGCGGUAUGUCUGGGAUGUCCCCUGCCUGUGCGCUGAGAUCCAGGCAGCCAUGCCUAAAAACGUUUACUCCCUUUUGUUGGUGGAGGGCCUCCCCUGGAGAGAGCCAGGUCCCCAUCUCUUCCCUGACCUCCACCAUGGAAGAUGCUGGAGGAGCCCAGGAUCAAACUUGGGGGAUGGGCAGAGAGGGGCCACUGCCAGCCUUCCCCCCUCCACCUCUCUCUGCAGAAGCCCCCAUGGUACAAGUGACAAGGCUGUUGACCCAGGACGGGGACGCCAUGCUGAGGUGCUGGGCCCUGGGGUUCUAUCCACGGGAUAUCUCCCUGAGCUGGUGGCUGGGCGAGGAGGAGCUGACCCUGGAGACUGAGCAUGUGGAGACGUGCCCCAGCGGGGACGGCACCUACCAGACGUGGGCAGCUGUGUGGGUGCCUGCCGGGGAGGAGGCCCGGUACACCUGCCACGUACAGCACUCUGGCCUGAACCACACACUCACUGUGGCCUGGGAACUGCCCUCUCAUCAUGGACUCAUUGCCAUGGUUGUCCCCCUCUUCCUGCUCUUGCUGGUGGUUGGAGGUGCAGUUGUGAUUUGCAUGAAAAGGUUCCCUCAAGGUAGGUGGGGAAGAAACAAAGUGGGGGGCCCAGCAGCUGGUCCAAUCCUGUGGACAGGAGCUUCCAUAAUUCCCAAAGCUCAGCAAGAGCGGGGGCUGCUCCGCUCCUCUGCUGACAGAAUUUCACCGUCACAGACCCAGGACGUGUCCUGUGGGGUGUUUGGCACCUGCAGGCCCCUGCAGUGA